GGGGUUGCUGGCGGUUUGCGCCUGGCAGGUCCCGGGACUCCGGCCUUCGCUCCCCCCUGGGCAAGUCUGGUGGGCUCCAAGCGCCGCUUUUUGCCAGGGGGCGUGACCUGAGCCAGCCUCCAGGGCUGAGAGGCUAGUGGGAGGAUCUCUAAGGACAUGACAGAGGUGGCACAUCCUGGCCAUGGGGUCUCAGCAUUCCACCUCUGCUCGCCCUCCUUCCUACAAGCGAAAGAAAGAUGACAGAGAGGAUAUGCUGGAUGAACGGGAACAGGAAGAAGCCAUUGCCCAGUUCCCAUAUGUGGAGUUCACCGGGCGGGACAGUAUCACCUGUCUCACGUGCCAAGGGACAGGCUACAUUCCAACAGAGCAAGUAAAUGAGUUGGUGGCUUUGAUCCCACACAGUGAUCAGAGAUUACGCCCUCAGAGAACUAAGCAGUAUGUCCUCCUGUCUGUCCUGCUUUGUCUCCUGGCAUUCGGUUUGGUGGUUUUCUUCCUAUUUCCACAUUCAGUCCUUGUGGAUGAUGAUGGGAUCAGAGUGAUGAAAGUCACAUUUAAUAAGCAGGACUCCCUUGUAAUCCUCGCCAUCAAGGCCACCCUGAAAAUCAGGAACUCCAACUUCUACUCUGUGGCAGUGACCAGCCUGUCCAGCCAAGUUCAGUACAUGAACACAGUGGUUGGGUCAUAUGUGACAACGAACAUCUCCCUCAUUCCACCUCGGAGUGAACAACGGGUGAAUUUCACGGUGCAGGCGGAGAUGGGAGGACCAUUUUCCUAUGUGUAUUUCUUCUGCACAUUACCCGAUAUCCAGGUGCACAACAUAGUGAUCUUCAUGAGAACUUCAGUGAAGAUUUCAUACAUUGGCCACAUGACCCAGAGCUCCUUGGAGACACAUCACUAUGUGGACUGUGGAACAAAUUCCUCAGCUGUUUAGAAACUGCUUUUGGUUCUUCCAUGGCAGCACCUGUCAGAAGAGAUGCAGCUUCUGUUCCCAGGACCAGUGUUGUGUGCCUACCCCAGGUGGUAGAAGUAGAGGAGAAACUGGUUCUCUUGAUCCCCAGCAAAUACCCUCCUGCCACUUGGGAGAAAAACUUGCCUCUGUAGCACCAUUUUUGUUUCUCUGAACCAGCAGAAUCACUGCCCAGGACCCAGGCUAUGCCCAGCAAUAGUAGGCACUCAAGGUUUGAAGAAUUUAAUUCAGAUCUUUUCAGCUGUUCUUGGAGCAUUAUUAACUGAAAGCGUACCGUGUGCUAGGCCAUAAACCCAUCGAGUGACACAGAGAUAGGACUGUUAGUGCAGCUGCACAGCUGUCGUCAGGACUUCAUCUGCACAGGAGAGGCAACAGGAGGGGACAAUUGAAUACACAGAAGAAAGCACAGACAGCACUCAAUAUGUGACGUUUUUUCAUCUGCUCCCAAAUGCCUAGGAACUGUAAAAAAAAAUCAAAACUUUUUUUUCUUGUGGAAAGUUAUAUUGUUUUUACCAAGAGUCUAUGUGGGGCUUGAUUACCCUUCAUCCAUGGGCUGGAACAUGGAUUGGGGAUUUGGUAGAAAAAAUAAACCCUGCUUUUGAUUCA